GUUUGUAAACAAAUAAUUUGUUCUAUAUGGGAGUGACGACAACUUUGUCCAAGCAGAGAAAACAUUAGUAAACUCCAGGUUAAUCAGUAGUUAGCAAUUGUUAGACAAUUAUUUACCAUACGAUAAUUUACCAUUAAAGUUAAUGUAUAGAAUAUAGUUAUCUGUACCUACAAGUAAUAAACAUUCAGUUUUUCACCUAAUUUCGAUAACUUUUUUUUUUUACACUACUGACUUUGUACUACUAGUAUAGUGCUACUACAUUUAUGAUUUCAUUAUAGUUAUAGCCAUAAUAGCACUUCAGUAUUUAGUAUUAUUAGUUAGGCCUACUAGUUAUUGAAUAUAUAGUUGGCUUUAGUUGUUUAUUUUAACUGCAAACAUUUAAGUGCAGUUUUUUGUCUGUAGUUGUAGCAGUAGCAGUGCUCAGUGCUGGUGACUUAAUUAAGUCAUUUCAUAUUUUGACAUUAGUAUUAGAAAUAGUAAUCUCUUAGUAUUAGUAGCAGUAGUAGUAGUGUACCUGGGUGCAUGGAGGCAGCAAUGUUGUUUCUCAUACCUCAACUUACUUCAAGUUAAAGCUGAAUUCAAUGAAGUCAGGGGCAAGACUAGUGCUUUAGUCAAAGGAUGGCAUGGCACUGAAUGUAGUGCACCCACAAAAAUACACAAUCUGCUUAUCCAACACGUUUUUAUAACCUACAUACACAAAACAAAGUAUUAGUAGUAGUACAUGACUAAGGAUGAAUUAUUUUUAAUAUCAGUCAGUCAGUGGAUGAUUAAAAAAUUGUAUAAUAUGGGGAUGUGGCAUGGUGAAAGAAAAUGAUAUAACAUUAGGUGUGCUGUCUCUUACUAUUAUUUUUUAAAAGUUUUAACUAUAAUUUACUUAAAACAUUUGUAUAUUAUUGACCCCCCUCCUCUCUCUCUCUCUCUCUCUCUCUCCAGAUCACAAAACAUGCCGUCAGUACACACAGUCAUUCAUUUGUUGAUGCUAGUACUUGUUGCUGUUCUUGGAACUAUGUACAUUCAACUUCAAGCCCAGUAUUUAGAAAUGGCAGAUUCCUGUAACAACAUGCUAAGAAUCCCUAAAUCAACACACCCUAGAAACAGUGCAAAUGUGUUACCAACUGCAAGUAUGGAUAUGCAUGGCACCAAAAACCAUUUGCUGGAAUCUAUAAAUAAAUUUAAUUUGGAAUCUUCCUCCUUAUUUCUGCACCUGGAUGAUAAAGAUAUCCUCACUGGCACCGAACUGCAAAUGAACACAUCAUUUAUUUUUUCUAUCUCACAAAGCUCUUUUGAGUCCAGCUCCAUAACGUUUAAAACAACAGAAAAGAUCGCAUUGAGUGAAUCUGGUAAAAUUAAAGAUAAGGAAAUAAGCAUAGCUGAACAGUUUGUAGGAGCUAGUGCCACAGAGGUCAGGAAAACUCCAGAAACUUACUCUGUUGAUAUUACAAAUUCUGCACAAAUAGAACUUUUAACAUAUAAGGAAUCUUCACAACCAUCUGAUUCAGAAAUAUCAGAAUCUCAACAAUUUUCAAAGGAUAUUCUUUCAUUUCAACCAAGUACCAAAGCUGAUAAGCCUGCCAACAAGUUAGGGAGCUAUGAACAUUCACACUUUCUAGAUCACAAAGAUACUUCCACAAAUUCCUUCUCAUCAGUUGAGUCUUAUAAUGACCUACUCGAGACAUGGUUUGAUUUAAAGUCUUUGGCAGUAUCUCAGACUUCCAGAGACCUUAAACCUUCAUUUACUCAAAGUGUGUCCGUUGGUGCUAAUGACAGAAAUUUUCUUGAAACAAAUGUUGAUGAUUUUACAGAAGAGGAUGUAAUUUUGUCUACUGAAAAUAUUCAGGAUGAUAUUAAGCCAUUCUGUCACACGGAUAAUUGUGAAAAUAUCAAUGAAAGAAGUUUCAAUUUACCGAGUAUUGAACCAAUGCAUAUAGAAGAUGAUUUAGAUAAUGAACCAUUAGUCAAACACAUGUUUGUAAAAGAAUUAGAAAAUAAUAACCAACAAAAUGAGCCUUAUUCAAACAUUUUUGAAGUCAAUCUGGAUAAAAUUACAGAUAUUAAAGAAUUGAGUAAUCUUAUUUCUUAUGGUACAUCAGCUUGGUGCCAGUUGAACAGCUUUGGCACAAGAUCUUGUAGAUUUCACAACUUAUGUUACAAAGUAAAGGAAGAUGAUUUUAUUUUUUUGAAAGGAGAUAAGAGUGUGAUUAAUAUGAGCCCCAAAGAUGAUAAUGCUGACUUCAGUGAGGUGUUUGCCAUUAAUCUUUCCACUGUCCCAGAUCAUAAUGCACAUAUGUUUUCAAUGGUUACUAUUCCAGCAGAAAGCCUUCAUAAAUUCUCCAUAGCUAAGAUAGACAAGGUGGCUGUUAUCAUGAGUCGAUUCAAACCAGAUAAUAUUAUGCAUGUACUACAUGAUGAUAUCAUCCCUUUAUUUGACACACUUUACUAUCUGAAUCCACAACAUCUGGGCAAAAAAUUUGAUGUUGCUCUUGUUUUUUCAGACAAUCAUGACAAUAAAGAUUUCAGUCAAAUUUACUCAACUCUUUCAUCUUUCCCUCCCAUCACACUUCGUAAGUUGAACUACUCAUCAGAUGUUAUAUGUUUUAGUGAUGUGUACGUCGGACUUGCGGGAUCAACAUUAUGGUACCAGUAUGGAUUUUUCGAACCCCAAGGCCCAUUGCCUGUCAAUGGUUCAGAUGUACUUUUGAAAGUGCGGAGAUCAGCCAACUACCUAGCCGAACAUUUCCACACAAAGUGCCUGUUGUGCAACAGUGGAAAUUAUUUAGUAAUUUUAUCAAGGAAAGACAAUAGACUAAUUCUCAAUGAAGGAGAGUUAAUCAUGGCGAUGGCAAAGGCAACCAAGCUAAAAGUUAUGUCUGUGAGUCUAGAGACUCACAGCUUGGGUGAGAUAAUUUCUAUCAUAAAAUACUCACGAGGAAUUAUUGGCAUGCAUGGAUCCCUCCUUUCAUUAGUCAUAUUCUUACAGCCAGGCUCGGUUGUCCUAGAGCUUUUCCCUUUUGCCAUAAAUGCUUCAAAAUAUACCCCUUUCAAAACUUUCUGUGAACUACCAGGAUCAGGGAUUGUUUACAGAUCAUGGACAAAUCCCUACAAGCAAAAAUCUGUAGCACAUCCCGAGUGGCCACCAGAAAUGGGUGGCAUUCACCAUUUGCCAGACAAUGUUCAAGAUAAAAUUGUUCAUGAACAGGUUGUUAAUGAUCACCUCUGCUGUGAGGAUGCGUCUUGGCUGUAUCACAUUUAUCAAGACACUGAAGUUGAUUUAAAUGCCGUAAUUUCCAUUACUGUUGAUGCAUUUGCCGUUUCUGAAAAAAAUACCAUUAGAUCAGAACAAAAAUCAAACUCAAAAUUUCUGCUAGCACCAGGGCCUGUAAAGAACCUUGCGUGCAAACAAAACACAACUACCAAUGUUUAUAUUUAUGAGCUUAGCUGGCAGCUUCCUUGGAAUUUAGAAUUCCUUGAUCACAAACAUUUGGAGUCCCAUUUGGUUUUCCAAGAAAGCGGUGAUAAUGAGACAACUGAUGUUAUACUUCAAAAUGACCAAGUGUCUUACUCUAUUCAGUCAUUAGACAGAGAUGCGGAAUAUAAUGUAUGGGUUAAAGUUGUUAUAGAUCAUAAUGUUGGUGGGCCAUUCACAUAUACUGCUUGUAGAAGUAGCAAACUUAGGAGGUAAGCAGUGUUUAUUGGCAGUGUCAAUUUAAUUUAGAAUUUUGGAGCUGGUACAAUGUAAUCUGUUUGAUGAGUAUUAUUUUAAAAACAAAUUAUAAUGUCACAUUAAAUAAAAGCAAUUCUAAAAUAUACAUUUUUAUUCUGACUGUCGUGGACAAUUUUAAUUGAGAACACUUGGACUUUGAUUACUUUCUUAUUUCAAGUAUGUAUGAUUUUGAAUUUAAUGUGUUAAGAUUCUCUUACCUUUGGGCUCUUUCUAAAGACGAAUUAUGAUCACAAGGUCAGGUGAAAACAGAGUGUAUAAGAUGUUAUUAAAUUGUUACAAGAAGAUAAUAUAACUAUUUAUCAGGGUAAUAAGGGGAGAGACUACAAUCAGGUUAGCACAAUAUAAAAUGAGUAAAACAGAGUAGGGUUAAACCUGAAAAAAGAAACGCAACAAAACAACGAACGUGUCGGCAGAAAGCCUUCGUCAGCGAACGAAAAACAGAAAAAACGGUAUAAAUGUAAAAAUAAGAAAUAGCACUUAGCUUGGAAGUAGUAUCCGUGGGCCUCAAAAGAAAUUUCUUUCAGCAACAGCAUAACAAUGUUAUUAAAAAGAAUUUAGAGAAAUAAUUAUUGCAUUUUUAGUGUUGAAAUUACACAAAAUCCACACAUUUACUUGAAUUUUUCGUUUUAAACUUAAUGUAUGGCUCUCACAGAAUUACUUUUCAAAAUAUGAGGUGUCCAUGGCUCUCUCAGACAAAAAGGUUCCAGACCCCUGCUUUAGGGGAACAAUUAAGGAGAAUUCAUUGUUUUAGUGUAAGAGUGAAGGUUUUAAAUUUUAAAAAAGCACUAUUUUAAAUUUGUAGUAGGGUAAUUUUCAAUUAUGAUGAAUCUGUGCAAUGGAAUACAUAUUUUGAAAAAUCUCUAAUAAUUGCUGUCUCUAGUUUGUGAAUAAUGAAGUGUCUUAUAAGUAAUAAUAUAUGAGAGAAUGGAUUCAAGCCAUAUGAAGUAAAGAAAAAGUGGAACAAGAUAUGUUUAGGCUUGAAAGGAAAAGAUGGGACAGUUAAAUGGACAUUUCCGCUAGAUGCCUUCUUCAGCAGACAAAUCAAAACAACAGAUAAUUUAAAUUAAAAACAAAAAAUUGUGUUUUAAAAUUUCAAUUGAAAACAAUGCAACAGGCUAAAUGUUCAGAACAGGAAUCUUUGGUUUAAUUCUCCUUCCUUUUCUUUUCAAGCCUAAGCAUAUCUUGUUCUAUUAUUUAUUUAACUGUGAUACACACUUCACACUGUAAUGAGCUAGGAUUUUAAACACUGUUUAUUUAUUGAUGUAAAAAUUAAUUUGGAUUGGA